AUGUUUGUUUUGAUAUUUAUCUUCAUCAUAACGUUAUAAGCUUCAACAUACGUUGGAUAAAGUCCCUGCUCAACAUUAACAAUAGCAAAUUGUGGAGCGAAUGCACAUAAUGGAGAAGGUUGGUGUUAUUGGGAUAGCCUUCUUACUCCUCCUGCUUGCGUAACUUUACCUUGCUAUCUAAUUGAUGAAGUAGCUGCCUGUAGAGCAGGAGGAUCUUUAAUAACAGGUGGUGCAUUUACAGAAUGUGAUUCUCUGGACACAAUUAGUUUAGAAUAUGAUAAUGUUUGUUGUGAUAAGGGUCUUGGUAAAUUGAGUCACGGUUUAGUAAGAUUCCCCAUGAAUUUUGAUGGGUAUGUUGAUUCAACUAAUAAUGAUAUUCCUACUCCUAUUUCAGUCUUGGAUAUAACUAUCAGCGUCAAAGAAAUGUUCAAAUUGUAUACUAUCAACCCUUGGCUGGCAUAUAAAGAACUAAGUGAGUCUUAAUUUGAAAGCAAGCUCAAAGCUAUCUUAGAAAAAUACUUAGAGCAAUCUACAAGAGACGUUCUACUAACAGAACCAAAAUCUCAUCCCUUCUACAUUGAGCGAACAGUCUACUAGUGUCUAUAACUACUAAGAGAUUGGACUGUCAUUCACAAGUCUUCUGAUUCCCUUAGGUAUGCUAUCCUACCUAAGAUUUGGAGUCUUGCUCUUAUUGCUUUAACUAGAAUGACUAAAUUUCAACCCAAUUACUAUCAAUCCCACCAUUAUAUUAUCAACUUUGCCAUAAUUCCGUAUUUCAAAAACUAUAUCAAAAUACUUGGCUAAGGACAUACUUUGACUAUUGAUUGGAGUUCUUUCUUUUACAAUAGUAAUGGUUUUAUGAUGGUGUAUUCAUAUCCUCCUGAGCAAUUUGGAAUUAUCAACACUUAUACUGAUGUAUUUUGUAUUCGUCCAUUCCAAGGAUCAACUGUUACAUAUAUAGAAUCAGAAAAUAAUUAUGAUAGUUCCUUCUCCUAAAUUAAAUUUACUUACUAUUGGUUAGAAGGCACAUACUCAAGUAUAGACGAAACAAAGGUCAAACUAUUUUAAAUCACUGAUGAUACUUCAACUAUCACAGAUACCUUAGUGGUUUUUACGUGCAAUUAAUCUCAAAGAAUAUGCACAAAUACUGGUAAUUUUCAACCUGCACCUCCGUUGGAUGGUAAAGGAUAAAAUUAUUUUCUUGCUCCCGAUACUUACAAUUCAUUAAGUGAUUUCAAAAGAGCAUAAUGUAUAUUAGCCUAUAAAACCUGGACAACUGUUUGCACUUGA